AUGGUGUGUUCUUCUUUUGCAGAGGAAGGCAUCAAUCACGAGUGCAAGCUGUGUAACCAGAUGUUUGACUCUCCGGCCAAGCUCCUGUGUCACCUGAUCGAGCACAGCUUCGAGGGCAUGGGCGGCACCUUCAAGUGUCCCGUCUGCUUCACAGGUGAGGGGUCGGGGUGGGGCAUCAGAGGGGGGCCAGGUGGAGGGCAGUCAAGGUGCUUGAGUGUCUGACCAACAUUAACAUACACACAUAGACACAAUAUGAACACAUGUUCCACUAGAUCUGCAGGCCCACACACGGUGUUGCACUGCACUUUCUCACCCAUUGAACAGCAGAGAUGCUAAGACAUGGACCCAGAUAAAUCCUCUCCACCUCCCUAUUCCUCUCCCCAUACCUUCCACCCUAUACCCCCUCCUGUGCUAACAUGUAGUCCUCCUCCUCCACUACUUAAUUGAACUGUAUUAACGAUCAGUUCAGUGGGAGGUAAAGAGUUGGGUUGGAGAGAUGUCCUGUCUCAGGAAAGACACGGAUGUCCAUGUAGUAAAGAAUUAGCCAAGAUAUAAAAAACUCACUCCAUACAUUGGAAUCAAGUCCAUUGUGCAAGAUAGUGAAAAUAUUAUGACAAAUAGCCAAGCCGCAGGAGACCUAGCAGAGAUAUUCCACACUCUGUGCUUCUGAGAUGGAGAACUCAGGUCCUUUAUCAGUCCUGUCGUGCUGAUGGGAAAGUUAAUUAGAGCUGAUUUACCCAAGGUGCAACAGGGUGUGAUGUCCGCCUUGAGUAGGCCAGACUCACACUGUCAGCUCCACUCAGUCACAGCCACAGCCAUAGUCACAGGGCAGGGUUGGCUGAGCACAGAGACUAGCCCAGCCACAGUCGGCAUGAUUCAGUCAUAGGCACAGUCACAGCGACCAUCACAGGGAACCGGCACAGGGCAGGCCAGGUGUAGCCAAGACUAGCAGGCCAAGCAGAGCGGCUCAAGGUUCUUCAGGUUUGGCCGUGGUCCCCUGUGUCUGCUGUGCCCCAGAUCAGAAAGGCCCUGAGAGGUCAGAGAAUAAAGAGCAGGUUGAAAGACGAGGGCAACUAAUCCUCUAUGGCCGUCCGGCUGUUUUAGGGGCCCUCUGUACGUGUCCUCCGAGUUAAGCAGCCAGGGCUCUUCAGGUAGCAGGCUCAAAGUCACAUUGGACCUCCAGCUCCCCUGUGGGAAUCAGAAAUCAUUAUAGACACUGAGACACAGACAUGGCUGACUGUUGUCUGUCUUUAUCCAUUGUCUUAUGUCUGUUUCUCUUACUUCCUGUUUGUCUGCUUUUUUGUGUUUCUCUCUCUGUUUCUCUAGCAAUUGGAAAUCCCAAUCCCAAGCUGUCUGUCUGAGAGUCUACCUGCUUAUAUGUGUCUGUUGGUUUCUGUUAGUCUGUCUGCAUCAGAAUACUUACUAAAUUAUAAUCUCAGACCACGAAGCAGGCCCCCCUUGUCUCUCUCUCUCUCAAUAGUUGUUUGGUUGUGUUCAUCCCCCACCCCCACUCCCUUCCCCCACAGGUACACAGCACUCUUUUUAAAAGUUUAACUCUAUUCCUGUGCGGGUUAUGAAUAAGUAAGGGGGUGCUGCUCCUUUGGGGAGGGUUAAUAAUUCAGACUCUCCACACACACACACACACACAGCAAACUUAAGUUUACUGAAACAAAACAGAAAAAAACACAGGAGGGAUGGUCUGCAUGUUGUCUUACCUCCCCAUCUCUCCAUAUCUCAUCUCCUCCCGGUCUUUUCUCUAUUUAUAUUUACGCUGUUGAAGUUGUUGUUUUAGUGCAAUGAGUGUCUUUCCCUCGCCUCUGUAUUUGCACAGAGAGCGACAGAUUCCCACUUUUCCUCCAUAGUUCAUUCAGUAACCUAGCUCACUUUUUAGCAUAACUCUGCCCUGUCACCAGUUCUUUUAAUCCGAAACCAAUCAUCUAACACACCCUCUCCUUCCCCCCAGUCUUUGUCCAGGCCAAUAAGCUGCAGCAGCACAUCUUUGCCGUCCACGGUCAGGAGGACAAAAUCUACGACUGCUCCCAGUGUCCACAGAAGUUCUUCUUUCAGACUGAGCUCCAGGUCAGUACUAACUACAUACAGUGCCUUUGGAAAGUAUUCAGACCCAUUGAAUUUUUCCACAUUUUGUUACGUUACAGCCUUAUUCUAAAAUGGAUUCAAUUGUUUUUUCCCUCAUCAAUCUACACACAAUACCCCAUAAUGACAAAGCAAAAACAGUUUAUACAUUUUAGCAAAUGUAUUACAAAUAAAAAUGGAAAUAUUACAUUUACAUAAGUA